AUGAAAAAAUUAUCUGCCGAUGGACCUAAACGUAUACUUAUGCUUGGUUUGGAUAAUGCGGGUAAAACAACAAUACUCUAUCGUAUGAAACGUACAGAAGAUUUUAAUACUGUACCAACUAUUGGUUUUAAUGUUGAAACAAUAUCUCCAUGUCGUGGAAUAUCGUUAACAGUUUGGGAUGUUGGUGGUCAAGAUCAUUUACGAACAUUAUGGCAUCAUUAUUUUGAUAAUGUUGAUGGACUUGUUUUUGUUAUUGAUUCAACUGAUCGUCGUCGUAUUCAUUUUUCCAAAGCUGAAUUAAUAGGAAUCUAUCAACAUGAAUCAAUGAAAAAUGUACCACUUAUUAUUAUUGCUAAUAAACAAGAUAGUAAAGAAGCUUUAUCAGCUGAAAUUAUAGAAGAAAAACUUGAUUUAAUUCAUUGGCCUAAUCAAUUAUAUCAUAUUAUUCCAUGUUGUGCAUUAACAGGAGAUGGUUUAACUGAUGCAUUUACAAUGUUAACAAAAAUGAUAAGAAAAAAAGAUAAACAUCGUCGAUUAGAAAUUACUUAA